AUGUCAAACAACCAUAACCUCCCCCCGAUCCGUGGUAAUCCAAUCCCUCAAGCCCCUCUGAACCACGACCCAUCCCACGGCCGUCCAGGUCCCAUAAUCCAACUCCCCAUCCCCAAAAACCGUGACGGCAAACCAGAUUACAACAAAGCCCCGGGUCUGGAUCUAUCCCGCAUCGUCCCCGUCGGUUCUUUAAACACAAACCCUCCACCAACUGAAGGUCUAGAAGGGACACCUUCGUUCUCCGGUACGAACGAGAAGAAGAAUAAAAGUAUUGCUUCUCAGAAGAGGGCACAGAAUAACAACAAUAACAACCAAAACCAGGACGGUAAAGACGAGGAGGAAGAAGAAGACGACGAAGACGACGAUAAAUCAGAUUUCUCAAUAAUAGAACAUCCAAUAAUGACCCCAACCUCCGAAUCAGACGCCCAAGCCGCCACAGAGCUCUUAUCCGAAAAGGUUCCCCCAGAAUUAAUCUCCGAAAUCCUCGAUCGAGCAGAAUACUUCCCUCACGAAAUCAUCGGUUCUGAAACAGAACACCUCUCCGUCUUCGAUGGCGACAAAAUAUACCUAACAGCCCACAUUCCCGAUUUCAAAGCUGUAGAAAAGGAUACAGCCGGUAAAGGUGGUAAGGAAGGUGCUGGUGGUAGAAGAGGGAGGGUUAGGAAGUUGGUGUUUAGGUUUAAAAGUUACGAUCAAGGGUGGAGUAGUUAUGGAAGCUUUUAUGGAAGUUUUAAGGGUUGUUGGAGUUGGUUGGAUGUGGAGGUUUGGAGGAAAAGAGAGGUGAAUGAGGAAAAGCAGGAAGGCGAUGAUGAAAAGGGGAUGUAUAUGGUUUGUGAAAGUUUAUUGCAGAGGAAUAAACAUGCUGAGAGUGAUGAGACGGAUUAUGAGAUCGUUUGGAGGUGGGAUGAAGAUAAACUUGGUGAGGAUCAUGCGGAUAAGUGGGAAGAUGGGGUGGUUGAUGAGAACGGGGAGAUUAAAGAUGCUGCCGCUUGGGAGAAAGGCGGUAGACAUGAAAGGAAUGGGGAGUUUGUGAGGGAGUUGAAGGGUGGGGAUGAGAUCAGAGUGAUUAUCAAGGCGCGUUUCCCCGGUUGGAGGUGUGAGGUUGAGAGGUGUGAGGUUGAGUGCUGGUGGGCUGUUUAG